GAAGCCGUGUCUUGAGUGGCUCAGGCCGGGAUCAGAGGGGCCGGAGCGGCGGGGAACCCAGCAGAGGCAGCCGCUGGGUUUGAACUGAGUGCAACUUGCACAGGACAGAUUGCUGAGUGCGUGGACUAAAAGGCAGUUCAGUAAAUUCGAGGGGUGGUGUUUUAAACAGGUUACAAUGUAUCCGAACGCGGGCCGUUCCAGGGCGCUGUAUCUGCUACUGUUCUAUGUCACGGGCGGCUGCUCCAAGCCCACGUUGAGGAACGAGCGGGUCCAUCAGGACUCUGUCCUGAGCGACAAACUGCACCAGGACGUGGCCAACUUCGAAUACGAUCACGAGGCCUUUCUGGGCAAGGAAGACGCCAAGACCUUCGACCAACUCAGCCCGGAGGAGAGCAUCGAGAGGCUGGGGAAAAUUGUAGAACGGAUCGAUGAAAACAACGACAAUUACGUGACCUUGGAAGAGCUGAAGGCGUGGAUUAUAAGGGUGCAGAAACGUUAUAUUUAUGAAAAUGUCGCUAAAGUCUGGAAGGACUAUGACCUUAACAAAGACAACAACAUUUCCUGGGAAGAAUUCAAGAAAGCAACGUAUGGCUAUUACCUUGAGAAUCCAGAGGAGUUUCAGGACACCGUUGAUCAGUUCAGCUUAAAGAAGAUGUUGCCUCGCGAUGAGCGGCGAUUCAAGGCUGCGGAUAUGAAUGGAGAUAUGGUGGCGACCAGGGAGGAGUUCACUGCCUUCCUUCAUCCAGAGGAGUUUGAUCACAUGAAAGACAUUGUUAUUUUUGAAACACUUGAAGACAUUGACAAGAAUUCAGAUGGCUAUGUUGAUGAGGAUGAAUACAUUGCUGAUAUGUACACAAAGGAGGAAGGUGCGAUCGAACCGGAAUGGGUCAAGACCGAGCGGGAACAGUUUACGGAUUUCCGUGACUUGAAUAAAGACGGGAAGAUGGACAAGAAUGAAAUCCGGCACUGGAUCCUCCCAGAAGAUUAUGACCAUGCCCAGGCUGAGGCCAGGCAUCUCGUCUAUGAAUCAGACAAAAAUAAGGAUAAGCGAUUAUCAAAGGAUGAAAUCCUGGACAAAUGGAGUAUGUUUGUUGGUAGCCAAGCCACCAACUAUGGAGAAGAUUUGACUCGAAACCACAUUGAGUUGUGAGAAGACAGCAGAAGAACCUGCUUGGGUGACGGGAUGUUUCUCCUUCCACUCACAAGUUUGGACACGUCUCUGUUGAAGAUGAAGAAACGGAUUAACGGGCUGCAAGUUCCUACCGUGUGUCACGUGACUGCAGCUGUUCGACCAGCUAAUAUAGUCGACUCUUUACCUCAAUAACUCAUGGGCUGCCUUUGCCCAAAUAUUUGUUUGCACCCAUACCGAUCAAUGUAAAAAAGACUUCUCUGCAGUAGGGUUGUACAGUUCAGAAUUUUGGAAACCAUUGGACACUUUUGUUUUUUUUCUCCCCAGGACUAUGGCUGCUGGAUCAUUCUUGCUCCGUUAUAUAUAUUCUGUUGCCGUAAAGGACAAAGCCCCAGAACAAUCACCUGGUAGGGUCAGCCAAGGGUCAGCUGUCUCCCAUCCAAACUGUAUUCUUGUUGAUCCUGUUAUGGGACCCAAAGGUACAAGAGAACAUAGUCAUAUAACUUCACCCCUGUGAUGGCCACCAUUUGGUGGGGGCAGGGGCAGUAUGUACAUUGGAAUGCCCAGAACUUCAUGUACCUUUCCAAGUUGUACAUCAAUUGUUGAUUGGCACAGCGGUAGAUUUGCUGCCUUACAGCGCCAAAUACCUGGGUUAGAUCCUGACCAGGGGUGCUGUCUAUAUGGAGUUUGCAUGUUCUCCCUGUGACCGCUGACUGCUCUGGUUUCCUCCCAUAUUCCAAAGUCAUGCGGGUUUGUAGGUUAAUUGGAUUUUGUAAAUUGUCCCUAGUGUGUAAGAUAGAACUAAUGUAUGUUUGGUGAUUGUUGGUUGGCGUGUUUCCACGUUGUAUCUCUAGACUAAACCUAUCCCGACUUGGACAUGCAGGGUGAUUCUUUUGUUAUCAUUGGCACUAAAUUUCCUGUCAGCCAUCAUUGUGAGAGCGCCAUCAGUGUAGGAAUUCGGGUAGAAACUUCCCCACAACCUUUUCAAAGGUAUAUGCCAGCCUUGUCCGCAACUCGCACAUUCUUUGGAAAGACACACAAAGCGUUGAAGUAACUUAGCGGGUCAGACAACAUCUCUGGGGAACAUGGAUAGGUGACAUUUCGUGUUGAGACCCUUCUCCAGACCGAAGGUUCUGUUCCCACACUCUAUGAAUGCAUUCAUGAAAAAAGCUUCCAUCUUAUCUUUCCAAGUGACACAUCAUCUUGCCAAUGGAAGUGUGUGGAGUAAUUGGGCUACUUUCCACAUUGACCUCGGUUACAUGAAGUUCUGGCCAUUUCCUGUCUAGCUGGGCGUUUGCCAAUAGGAUUUAUGCUGAGGGAUGCAGUGGUUCAUUUGCUGAGGAGUAGUGGGACGGGUGCGAAGAGGUGGCGCUGGGUCCCCAUAAAGGAUACAGGCGGAAGAAUUGGUUAAGGGAAG